UCCCACUAAUUCCGGGAAACGAAGCUUCAGUCUCAUCCCUACCUCAAAUUUCAUCAUCAUAGGGUGUCUUUUAUCGAAAAAAACGAAGGUGAAAUCAUAAUAGAUUGAAACCUUAGGAAUGCGGCGAGGUUGCUUCCAAGUUUCGUUUGCUUUUGUUCUCAAGUUCUUGAAUUUCCUCCAAGCUUUCUUUGGAGUAUCGAUCUUACUCUAUUCGAUAUGGAUGUUGGAUCAGUAUAAUCAUCACGUCCCCGAUUCUCCUCCGCCUUUAGCUCCGUCGCCAGAAUCUUCUCUCUCGGCUUUCUUCAAUUCGAAACCGGAGGUUGGAGCUCGAGCAGCUAGGGUUUUUGAUGAUUUCGCAGUUGGUUUGUCCUCCGGGUUGGAUAAUGGGGUCGGGUUUAACUUGAGUUCCGUUAAGCUACCUGCCCCUUGGUUCAUCUACUCUUUUAUGGGAGUGGGCAUUGUGCUGUGUUGCAUUAGUCUCAUUGGUUUCAUUGCAGCUGAAUCUAUUAAUGACUGUUGCCUAUGUUUUUAUACACUUAUCAAAAUUGUUCUCAUACUAAUAGAAGCUGCUUUGGUGGCAUUUAUUGCAAUUGAUUGUCGUUGGGAGAAGGACAUUCCAUUUGACCCAACUGGAGAACUUGAUAACCUUCGCACCUUCAUAGAAGACAAUAUUGAUAUUUGUAAAUGGGUUGGCAUCAGUGUGCUCAUAAUUCAGGCAUUAUCUUUGCUAGUGGCAGUAAUUUUGCGGUCAAUGGUUUCUAUUAGAAGAAGAAACGUUGAUGAUGAAGAUGAUUAUGAAAAUAUUCAAGGUAGAACUCGGGAGCCACUCCUAAACUCUCAGUCUUCAGCCAGGGGUGAUGGCAGGGGUACUCACUCUGAUUUAUGGGGCUCACGAAUAAGAGAAAAGUAUGGUCUGAACAAUGGUGAUAGAUACGACAGCACUGAUAAACACGAUUUACUAAACCAGAACACAUCGAGUAUGAAGUCCAAGUAGAGUGAUGAUCAAGAGAAACACCCAUCUCUCAGGUGGCUAUAUCCUCUGUACGUUAGAUUUAUACAUUGUGCAUUAUAGUGUUGUUUUUAUGAUUGAGUAUUUGUGUCAUGAUGUUGAAAAUUGCCAUGUCUCAUACUGAUCGAGUGGAUAGCAACACACUCAUUGAUGUGUACA